AUGUCCCACUACCCAAAAGCAAAACCGCGUAGACCACCCUCAUCGAUCCAAACUACCACUGCAUCCGCAUCUGCGUUACAUCCACAUGCAAAUCCAUCUUCUUCCUCAAGGGGAUUAAGUGAAGAUCAAAGAGGAGAGAUAAAAGAAGCUUUUGAUCUGUUCGACGUUGAUAAGGACGGUGCGAUAGAUUACCAUGAAUUGAAAGUAGCGAUGAGAGCUUUAGGAUUCGAUUUGAAGAAAGGUGAAGUCAUGAAGUUACUCAAAGAAUACGGUGGAGAUGAUGGUUUGAUGGAUUUUACUAAUUUUGAAAGAAUAAUGUCAGAGAAAAUCCUCUCGCGGAAUCCCGAAACCGAACUAAGACGCGCAUUCGAGCUUUUCGACGACGACAGAACGGGUAGAAUAAGCUUGAAGAAUCUGAAGAGGGUAGCGAGGGAAUUAGGUGAAAAUCUAGGUGAAGAAGAAUUACAAGCAAUGAUAGAUGAAUUUGAUCUGGAUCAAGAUGGCGAGAUCAACCUAGAUGAAUUCUUAGCUAUAAUGUUGGAUGGUGAAUAG